UUACGUCUACGGCUAUGGCAAGCUUGGUUUUUCAAUGUGGAGAGACCCAAUUGGCAAAAAUUGUUUGUGGAAUAGUAGUGAAGGGUCACUGGAACAGUCUCUUGAAACCAAAUGUUGGGUCUAAUCUCACCUCAACGAUCGUGAAUCUGGUACUACUCAAUCUUUCGCUAGAUGGGUGUUGUGUUUCUUGGGCAUUCUUCAAAUGGGUUGAAUCCAAUUUAAACCAUAAGCAUUCCUUGCAAUCUUCGUGGACCAUGAUUCACACACUUGCUAAGCACAAACAAUUCAAGACUGCACAGAACUUGCUUGAAAGAAUUGCUGUUAGAGACUAUUUGUCAUCGCCUUCAGUUUUGAAUGCUGUGGUGAGGAUCCAUGAUGAUCCGGAUUCGAAUUCGCAAAUAUUGAGCUGGUUAGUGAUCUUUUAUGCGAAUUCGAGGAUGACCCAAGACGCAAUUCAGGUGUUUGAGCACAUGAGGGUGCAUGGGUUUAAACCUCAUUUGCAUGCUUGUACUGUGCUCUUGAAUUCAUUGGCUAAGGCAAGGUUGACUGACAUGGUAUGGAAGGUUUAUAAGAAGAUGGUUCGAGUCGGGGUUGUUCCGAAUAUACACAUCUUCAAUGUGCUGAUCCAUGCUUGUUGCAAGUCUGGGGAUGUGGAGAAGGCAGAACAAUUGUUAAAUGAGAUGGAGUCUAGAUUUAUUUUUCCUGAUCUUUUUACGUAUAACACACUGAUAUCACUAUACUGCAAGAAGGGUAUGCACUAUGAAGCUUUGGGUAUUCAAGAUAGAAUGGAAAGAGGAGGAGUGUCUCCUGAUAUUGUAACUUAUAAUUCUCUUAUUUAUGGGUUUUGUAGAGAAGGUAGAAUGAGAGAGGCUUUGAGGCUUUUUAGAGAAAUCAACGGGGCUACUCCUAACCAUGUAACCUACACUACUUUGAUUGAUGGGUAUUGUAGAGUGAAUGACCUUGAAGAAGCCUUAAGAUUGCGUGAGGUGAUGGAGGUGGAAGGGUUGCGCCCUGGUGUUGUUACUUAUAAUUCAAUCCUCCGCAAGUUGUGUGAAGAAGGAAAGAUAAGGGAUGCAAAUAAACUUUUGAAUGAAAUGAGUGAGAGAAAGGUUGAACCUGAUAAUGUCACUUGUAACACAUUGAUUAAUGCCUAUUGCAAGAUAGGAGAUAUGGGGUCUGCAAUGAAAGUGAAGAAGAAGAUGUUGGAGGCUGGAUUGAAGCCAGACCAGUUUACUUUCAAGGCACUGAUUCAUGGGUUCUGCAAGUUGCAUGAGGUGGACAGUGCUAAAGAGUUUUUGUUUGAGAUGCUUGAUGCUGGAUUUUCUCCUACCUAUUCCACCUACUCGUGGCUUGUAGAUAGCUAUUGUGAUCAAGAUAAUAAAGAGGCAGUUAUAAGACUUCCGGAUGAACUUUCAAGAAAGGGUCUUUUUGUUGAUAUCUCAGUGUAUAGGGCACUCAUAAGAAGGCUUUGUAAAAUAGACAAGAUUGAAUCUGCAGAAAGAAUAUUCACUCUCAUGCAAGGGAAGGGUAUGAAGGGAGAUAGUGUUGUAUACACAAGUCUGGCAUAUGCUUACUUCAAAGCAGGGAAGGCAAUUGCUGCAUCAGAUAUGCUAGAUGAAAUGGCUAAAAGGAGGUUAAUGAUAACUCUUAAGAUCUAUAGAUGUUUCAGUGCUUCUUAUGCUGGUGACGGUAGCAUCCUAGGCCUCUUCUGGGAUCAUGUAAUUGAGAGACACCUAAUUUCUAAAAAUAUCUUGAAGUAUAUUCAGCAAUUGGAUGUAAACUCUUAAAGGAUCCUUAGGCAUGUCGAUGAAGUCCCAUACCAAGUUUAUCAUGCUAUAAAGGGGUGGCAGCAGAUACCUGCUCCUCAUUUUCAGCCCAUGUUUUCAAGGUUAUCUAUCAAGUGAAUGGAACAAGAGAGAUUUUCUUAACAUGCCCUGACUGAACCAACAAGGGAAUUGUUCCAAUUAGGUUACAGAGAACCUUGUGAUUUGCUAGAGGGUGACUGUUGAGCAAAUGAUGCUGGUAAUCUCACCAUUGAGGGGAUCAAUGCAAUCUCAAUACUGGAUAUCUGGAAUUUGGGGCUCACUAUUGAAUUUGCCGUGGGGCAUAGAAAAAUUUUGUUUGUUCUCAAUUCUCAUCUGGAACUUGUUUGGGCUACAAGUCAACUUUUUCUCUUUUCACAAUUUAAGUCCUAAUGCUGGGCAGCUAGAAGGUUCAUCCUGUAUAGCUAUACUAGUCUCAUGUGAGGGAGGAAAGACGGGCUAGAAAAUGGAGGAAAAUGAUUGGAAUUAGAGGGAGUGAUUGGAAGCAUUAUGUUAGGAGAAAUCUUAAUUUGGUUAAAAGGUGUGUAAGAAAAGAAGUCCUGAUUGUUUAAGGGGACUUGUUUGGCAGUUGAUCUCAGAAAGUCAUGACCUCUUGCUGAUGAACCCUGGAGUAUAUGAGCAGAGACAUGGACUUGGUCAAAGGUCCUGCUAGAAUGUUUUGAAGGCAUACACUGCGUAUGACAGAGAUGUUGGAUAUGUUCAGGUGGGGUUGCCUCUGGUACAGCAAUACCUUUUUCCGUUUGACAACUUGGUGAGGAAGCUGUUGCCAAAGCUGGGAGAACAUUUUAGUCAAGAAGUAAUAAGCCCUGGCAUGUAUGCAAGUCAGUGGUUCAUGACUGUUUUCUCAUGCCCUUUCCCAUUCCAUUUGGCUCUUUGAAUUUGAGAUGCCUUUCUUUAUUAGGUGAGUGGUCUAAAAGCACAAUAAAUUCUCCAAUAGGCAUGCCAUUAUUUGGUUCUAAGAACAUUUUUAUUGCUUGGGCUGGGUGUUAAAAUUGUUUUUCAAGUUGGUUUGGCCCUACUGAAGCAUUGCCAUGUUGACUUAGUAUCCCUGGUCUUCAUGCCCUUUAGAUCCAAAUAGUCAGUACCUUUUAUGCUUAUUGAAUGAAUAAAUUAUAUUUGAUCAGAUAAAAUUACCUUUCGAGAAACUCAUACAUGCUUUGCUUAACUUCCCUGAGGAUGCAAUGAAUCCGGGCACACCAUUAACAAUGGCCUACUCAAUCACGUAUCUAAAUGACUAGAGGAGCUGAAGUUGGAGUAUGAGAUGCAAAAUGGAAAGCAAGCUUAGUCUGGAGAAUCUAGUGGAAAGCAGAAAUAGCUGCAGCAAAGAUGCUUCUCAACUGGGAAGAGUUAAGCCAAGAAGUCUGAACCACAUAUAUGCUGAUUCUUUUGUUCUUUUAUCAUGUUGUCUUAUAUUGCACGAGGAAAAUGCACAUUGAACAAGAAGGUUAUCAAUGGGGAAUUCGCCAAACAGUUUCUUGCAUGGAUUUAUGCUUUAAAAUAUUAUGUGCUAUGCAAAAUUCCAUUUCAUAUGCUGAAAUCGUGUAUCAGACAAAGUGAAGUGGUGGAGAGUGUUGUUAUC